GUACCAAAAUGUCGCUUCUAUUAAUGUACACAACUUUAAGCAUUGUUUUGUUUGAAUGUUUUGAUUGAAUCAAAUCAAGUGAUGUCUAACUUUAGAUUAAUAUCCAAACAAAUUGUAAGACUUUUGAGUCAUCCGACGGCUGUUGACAACCGAUUAUUACCGAUAUGUCGACAGUACUCGACUCUCAACGAAACUCAAGAAUCUGCUAAAAGUGGGGACGAAAAGGCUGGAGAUAUGCCAUUGUGGACAUCCAUUAUCACUAGAAGUGAUCACUUGGAGGACAUGGAUAAUGUUAAUCCAAAAGUAACACCAAUACGUGAGGUGUGGUUGGAAAACAUGUCAACAGUUGAGUCCCGCAAGUUGUCGAUUGUGUCAUUACAUCCCUAUAUCUUCGGCACAUUUCCGCGCGUAGACCUGAUCCAAGAGAAUCAUAAAUGGCAGACACUAUACAAACACAUUGACUGGCGUUGGACUCCCCGACGCCAUGAACUUUCUGGUACAACACGUAAGCCAUGGCCACAAAAGGGUACGGGUAGGGCACGAGCACGAGGUAUUCGCGCUCCGCAGUGGAUCGGCGGCGAGUGGUGUCACGGACCACGUGGUCCGCGGACUUACUUUUAUUUACUGCCUUUUGCUAAACGAGUCAAAGGCUUGACGUCAAUGUUGUCGACAAAGUUAGCUCAGGACGACCUCAAAGUGGUGGACACACUCGAGUCAUUUCCUACCGAUAAACCCGAAUAUAUAGAAAAAAUGUGUCAACAAAGGGGUUGGGGUCCCAGUGUCCUCAUUAUCGAUACCUGCGAUAUAUUUCCUCAAAAUAUAGCUCUGGCAACACAUGAAAUAAAACACAUCAAUUUGAUGCCCGUCUUUGGACUCAAUGUCAUCUCAAUGUUAAAACAUGAGACUCUUGUGUUGACAUUGAAUGCGGUCAGAGAUAUUGAGAAGAAACUAUUGUAUCAAAUGAGAAGAACUGAUUUACAUGAAUGCUAUAAUAAGAUCAGAUCCACCAAAGCUUUACAUCAAUAGUCUAUAAUUUGUUUUAA